GUCGUAUAUUGUCAUGCAAGAAGAAUAAUUCAUAGAGACCUCAAGCCCGACAACAUCUUAUUGAAUGCAACAAGAGAUUUUGCAAAAGUUGCGGAUUUUGGAAUGGCACGCGCCAUGCAGGUUUUUGGCCCGGAUUUCCGAUAUACCGAUCGUCUGGUAACAGCGUGGUACAGACCUCCGGAAAUCAUUUUGGGUGAUUCCUUUUAUGGAGCUCAGAUCGACGUAUGGAGCCUUGGAUGUAUAUUAGUUGAAAUGAUGAACCUUUCGCCCUUGUUCUCGUGCAACACAGAGAUUGAAUGCCUGCUCGUGAUCUUUCAAUUUUUUGGAACACCAAAUGAAGAAGACUGGCCGGGUGUCACAUCUCUCCCAAACUACAUUCUGCAGUUUCCACGAUGGAAUCCAAUGGAAAUAACUGCAGCCUUGAAGAUCCCUGAUGACUCGCCCUAUCGUAUUAACAGUGACAUGCUUGACCUUAACCCGAACCGUCGGAUCUCAGCUGAAGAAGCGCUGGACCAUCCUGCCCUUCAGACACCCAGUGCGAGAGCUCUUGGAUGA